CUUCCUCAUUUGGAAAAGCGUCGUUAAAGCGCCAUUGUACUGGAGAGGUGGCUGCAGUUUUCAUCCCGGUGCCGGGCAGGGAAUCAUGGCUGCAAAACAAGAGGCUGAAGAAACUGUUUCUAAAGAUCUGCACAGCCCCUCUGAGCUGAGGAUCGUGCUGCUUGGGGGACGCUGGGCUGGGAAGAGUGAAGCAGGAAACACCAUCCUGGACAGAGAGGAGUUUAGAUCUGGAUUCAGCCGCUCUGCAGUAACUAGGAAGUGUGAGAAGAGAACAGGAGAAGUGGCUGGGAGACGGGUCACUGUGGUCGACACUCCAGACUUCUUAGACACAGACCGGGUCGAGAUUGACAGAUGUGUGUCUCUGUCUGCCCCGGGACCCCACGCUUUCCUCCUGGUGAUACCCGUGUUUCCAAAAGAAACUAAUGACACUCACUGUGAGUCUAUAUUAAUAAAGGAUUGCAAAUCAUUUGAUAAAGUCCAGCAGCUGAAUAAAGUGCAAGAGCUGUUUGGUGAGGGAGCUGUGAGGAACAUGAUGAUCCUUUUCACCCGUGGGGAUUAUCUGGAAGGCAGGUCGAUUGAGCAGUACAUUUAUGAAGAUGGUGAGGAGCAGCGUGUUCAGAAAUGUGGGAACAGGUAUCAUGUUAUCAGCAAUGUGGACAGGAGCGAUCACACUCAGGUCACACAGCUCCUGGACAAGAUAGACAACAUGGUGAAGAGAACUGGAGGCUGCUACCUCCCAAAUGAGAUUUACCAGGAGGUAGAAGAAAGGAUUAGACUAAAGGAACAGGAACUGAAUGAGAAACACAAAGAGGAACUGAGCAAAAAAGAAGAGGUGAUGUAUGAGAAAUAUGAGGAGGAACAGUGUAAGAGAGAAAAGGAAAUGAAAAAGAAAUAUGAGAAGGAUAAAUGUAGGAGAGAAGAGGAGAUGAAACAGAAAUAUGAGGAGGAACAGAGUAGGAGAGAAGAGGAGAUGAAACAGAAAUAUGAGGAGGAACAGAGUAGGAGAGAAGAGGAUGUAAAACAAAAAUAUAAGAAGGAACAGAGUAGGAGAGAAGAGGAUAUAAAACAGAAAUAUAAGGAGGAACAGAGUAGGAGAGAAGAGGAUGUAAAACAAAAAUAUAAGAAGGAACAGAGUAGGAGAGAAGAGGAUAUAAAACAGAAAUAUAAGGAGGAACAGAGUAGGAGAGAAGAGGAGAUGAAACAGAAAUAUGAGGAGGAACAGUGUAGGAGAGAAGAGGAGAUGAAACAGAAAUAUAAGAAGGAACAGUAUAGGCGAGAAAAGGAGAUGAAACAGAAAUAUGAGGAGGAACAGAGUAGGAGAGAAGAGGAGAUGAAACAGAAAUAUGAGGAGGAACAGAGUAGGAGAGAAGAGGAGAUGAAACAGAAAUAUGAGGAGGAACAGAGUAGGAGAGAAGAGGAGAUGAUGGAGAAGCUGAGGAAGCAAAUGAAGGAAGAAGAGCUGGAGAAAGAGCCAGAGGACUCCAACCUUCCUGUCAGGAGAAGGACAAGCAAUGAAAUCUUACCUCCCAAGAUGUCUGGAGGUGAAGGAGAGGCUCCCCUUGCAGAUAUCCAAGCGCCUCCCAGCCCCCCUGAGCUGAGGAUGGUGCUGCUUGGGAAGACUGGGGCUGGGAAGAGUGCAGCAGGAAACACCAUCCUGGGCAGAGAGGAGUUCAGAUCUGAAGCCAGCUCCUCUGCAUUAACGAGGGAGUGUGAGAAGAGAAAAGGACAAGUGGCUGGGAGACGUGUUGCUGUGAUCGACACUCCAGAGCUCUCUCAGGACAAACUCCAGAUUAGGAGCUGUGUUUCUCUGUCUGCCCCGGGACCCCACGCUUUCCUCCUGGUGAUACCGGUGGGCCGAUUCACAGAGGAAGAGAGGAGAGCAGUGGAGACAGUCCAGGAGAUAUUCAGUGAGGAGACUGUGAGGAGGUAUAUAAUGCUACUUUUCACACAUAGUGACACACUGAAAGGACAGAGCAUUAAGAAGUACAUUAAGAAACAGAACAGGGACCUCCGGCAGCUGCUUCAGAAAUGUGGGAACAGGUAUCAUGUUCUCAACAAUGAGGACAGGAGCGAUCACACUCAGGUCACACAGCUCCUGGACAAGAUAGACAACAUGGUGAAGGGAAACAAUGGCAGGUACUACACCAGUGAGAUCUACUGUGAGGGGAAAGAAAGGGCCAGGGUGGGGUAUGAAAAGAGCAAACUGCUAAAGGAGAGGCCAGGAGAGCUGGAGCUACAACUGGAGCUGAGGAGAAAGAGGGAGAAAUCCAAUACUGGAGCUGAAGAAAGAGAUGGAGGGGGAAUAGCUGAAGAGAGAGAGAGAAAGAAAAGGCGAGAGAGUGAGAAGAGAGAAAGGGGGGAGCAGAAGGGAAAGUUUAGCUGGCAGAAGUACAAGGAAAAGCCAACUGAAAAUCAGUAUCUAAGGCCAUCAGUAGUAGUUACUGGAGGAUCAGUAGGGGCAGCAAUAGGGGCAGUAGCUGGAGCCAUCACAGGGCCAGUAGGAGCUGUAGCAGGAGCAGUUUUAGGAGCUGCAGCAGGAGUGGUUAUAGGAACUAUACUGGGAACAGCAGCAGGAGCAACAUUAAGAAGAGUGACAGGAAGUGAGGUAGGAGCAGAGGCAGUAAAAGAGCCAUACAAAACACAGUGAUGAUAACAUGGACCACACUGAUGUGAAAACUGCACCAGGCUUCUAAUGCUGAACUAUUACAGCCUUUACUUGCUCUGAGGUUUGUCUUCUCUCUUUUCUAUUUUCACCUGAAGAAGAGACCUUUUGAGGUCUUGAAAGCUUGCGAUUAAUUAUUGUUUAGUUAGUCCAAUAAAAGGUAUCACCUCUCCUUCUCUUUGGCUACCAUUCCAUCUAUAAACACAGUUUGAAAGAUAACAUUCAAGGUCCUUUAUCAGAGAUUUAAGCCCUCAUAUUGACCAAUCAGGUUAAAGAAAAUCUCUGAUCCAUUUUCUAAUAUGCUGUAUAUUAUAUAUAAUUUGUUCAAUGGCUUCACAGAUUCUACACAACUUUAAUAUACUGUAUAUUAUAUCUGUAUUGUGUAAAUUCCAUAUACUAUAUAAAAACUGUAAUACUGAAAUAUAUUGUAGCUACAGCAAA